UGUGGUGCGAACUGGGGGGGGCGGGGGGCUGGAGCGUUACUGGUUACGCGCAUCGCUGGCAUCGCCGCGUUAUUUAGAAGGUUACUUAGUAUUCGGUUGUAAUAGGGUAUUGAUUGCCGCACAUUUUAUGUUUUGUUUUAUUGUACGCUAACGAUGGAGAGCGACAGUGAUGAAAGUUUCGAUGGGGUCGAUUUCGAAGGUGUCGUCGAUGAGAGUGGGUCAGGUACAAGUUUGGAUGUUUCAACGACGAGUUCUGAUUCUAGUAACUCUGAAAAUGUGUUGCUUGCGCGUAAUUGGUGCGAGUUAGAGCCUGAUUCCCCGGAACCACCAGCUUUUCCAUUUUCUACCAGACCUAGUAUUCAUUUUCACUCGAAUGAUGAGGACAAUUUACUGCAAUUUUUUGAACAAUUUUUUGAUGCUGAGAUAAUCGAUCACAUUGUUACUGAAACCAAUCGUUAUACGAUUCAAAAGAAAUUCAAAAAAUGGUUCCCAGUAACUGCUGGUGAAAUGAGAGUAUUUUUGGGGCUUAUAAUUCUUCAAAGUAUUAUAAAAAAACCUGAAAUGAGGCAAUAUUGGUCUAAAAAUCCUUUAUUACUGACACCUUUUUUUGCAAAAUGCCUGAGCAAUAAAAGAUUUGAAGCAAUCAGGUUAAAUCUACAUUUUGCUGAUAACGAAACCUUUGACGCUGAGCACCACCCAAACCCAAAGCUAAAUAAGAUAUGGCCGAUAUACGACAAGUUAGUGAAUAAAUUUCGAGCUACAGUUACUCCAGAGAAACAUGUGGCAAUUGACGAAAGUCUCUUAUUAUACAAAGGUAGACUUGGCUGUAUCCAAUAUAUUGUUGGUUGUGGACUGUAACGAUACCAUGGGUGGAGUGGACCGAGUGGACCAGCACUUGGCUGACUAUACCUUACCAAGAAAAAGAGAUAAAAAGUAUUAUGAAAAAAUAUUUUUCCACCUUUUGGAUUUAGCCCUAUGGAACUCUUUUAUAAUAUAUGUAAAAACGGGCGGAACAAAAUCAGCAC